CCAGAUGCUCUGAUAUAAAAGCUCUUCUGUCUCAUAGCUCUUCCAAACACUUCCCUUGACUUCUUGGUGACUUUGUAUUGAGUGUCACAGCUUACCUCCAUCCCUACAAGAUGUCUUGCUACGACCUGGUCUCCAGCUCUGCCUGUGGCGUUGCUCGCCCUCAGCCCCUCGCUGACACCUGCAACGAACCAUGUGUCCGUCAGUGCCCUGAUACCACCACUGUGAUCCAGCCACCUCCAGUGGUUGUCACCUUCCCUGGCCCCAUCCUCAGCUCUUUCCCCCAGGAUUCAGUUGUGGGAUCCUCUGGAGCACCCUUUGUUGGGGGCUAUGGAGGCCUGGGAGGCUAUGGCUCACUUGGCUAUGGGGGUUACGGCUAUGGGGGCUAUGGCUCCCUGGGCUAUGGUGGUCUCUAUGGCUAUGGGGGCUAUGGCUCUCUGGGCUAUGGUGGUCUCUAUGGCUGUGGGAGCUCUCUGGGUUACAGGGGACUGUAUGGAAGAUCCUAUGGGUUUGGCUCUUGCAGCCCUUACUCCUACGGGCACAACAGGUACCUCCGCGGCAACUGCGGCCUCUGGUAAAUCCUACAGGAAUAUCCCAGGUGUGAAUAACUGGCAACUGAGAGAUACAUCCUCAAUCCAUAGCAGUGGUCCCAAAGGAGAUGUUGUGAAGUCCUGAUCUCUGCCAUCUCCUUGCACUGGAACAAACUUGAGCUGGGAACAAACACAACAUGCUUAAUUUCUUUACCCUCUACUCAUGGUAUUUUUGGUCUUUCUUCCAUCUGUGUGUAUAAUGGGUGGGAUAAAAUAAUUAAUUUCCAUUCUUAUAAAAUGGCAUAUCACUGUCCAACCAAAGAACAAUUUUGGAAGAAAUUGCCUGUACUCUGAUGCAUAUUCUUGAUAUUCUGCAAUGCUUUUCUGUGAAUGCUUACUUCUCAUUAAAAUGAUUCUACUCUGCAUCAAACCAA